AUGGAUGAUAUGGAUCACGCACCAAGCAUCCAUGUACAGCGGCUAAUGCCUUCGGAGAGCUUUGUACAAAACGGACUUGAGCUUACGGAGUAUCAUCAGCCGAACCAAGUGCAACACGAAGAUCAUUUGGUGUUUUGGCCUGAAGUGGAGCGAACAAGAGCAAGACGCGAGCCGGUGAUAAUGAUAAGGAACGGCUCAGAUGACGAAGAGUCGGCAGAAGACAGUGAAGCUCCACCGACUCCACAACGUGCAGGGAUUGACGAGGAUGGACUAUUUGCAGAAGCUGUUCUUGCCUACGCUGUUAGCACUGACGAUGAUACGGACCUAUCAACUACGUAUGCUCAAGCAAUGGCAAGCGAUGAUGCGAUGAAAUGGCGUGAAGCAAUGAACGCUGAGCUUCGCUCUCAUGAAGAAAAUUGA